UGGGCUACUCGCGAUAUUCGCCAAUGAGUGAAUAAUGGAAUUUGACGUUGACGUGAGACGACUUGGACACGUCAGUCGUUGCCGCCGACUUGAAGACGACAGGUUUUCUUUUCUUCUAAUAAAGCAAUACAAUAUUAAACGGAUGUCACGAUGUCAUUUUCUCCAGAUGAGCACGAGUCAACCUCCACUCAAGAUGAUUUCAAUCUGAGCCCGGAUACAGUUAUCAAAUUCAUCCACCGAGUUAAAUCCAUGCCCGUUUUGUACAACCAGGAUCACGAACACUUUCGAAACGUUGCUAUCAAGCAAAAAGCUUGGGCCGAGAUUUCAAAAGAGUUUGGAAAAAGCGAGAAAUGGUGCCUAAAAAAAUGGAUCAGUCUUCGCGAUUAUUUCGUCAAAAGGAAGAAACGACUUCGUUCCAAUUUCGGUGCUUCAUUCCGGCCGUGGAUUUAUUAUGACGAAUUAAGCUUCCUCAAUGUGAUUUACGGUCAUGACCAGCUCGAUUAUUACCCACCAAAUGCUACCGAUUCUGUCCACCAGGAAGAAGAUACAUCUGGCUACUUCCUUUAUCAAAAAGAAGACGACUCUUUCGAGCCGGAAAUGAUCAAUUCUGGUGAUGGUGGUGAACAUGUCGAAGAAGAUAGCAACGCCAUGUAUCUCGACCAAAAACUCGAAAUUAAUCAUGACAAUGAACAAGCACAAAAUAGUGAUGAUGACGAUGAUGAAAAUUAUAGCUUUGUCCAACCACAAGUCGAGAUAAGCCAAGAAAUUGAAGAUGACGACGAAGACGACGACGUAAUGCAACCAAAUACUCGUCGUUCUUCCAAUCGUAUCCACUUGCAUGGUAGUACAACAAUUGAGCUCCGCCCAGCCGCGUCACACCACCGUCGACGUCCUCCACCAAACCAGAAAUCGGCUGCUGAUAGGGCGAUUGUUAUGCCAAGAUUAUCCUCGUCUUUAACUACUCGAUCACCACCACAACAACAAUUGGAAGAUGCUCCUCCGAUGAGCUCUUUUGCGACGGGACAAAAGAGAAUCCUGACCACAUCAGAUCCGGACCCAUCAUCAUCUAGACCUUAUCUGAUCAAACGGACAAAGAAAGUCCACCCUCAGCAGGUCAUCGAAGUUGAAGAUGACGACCACGACCAAGAAGAUGACGCGAUGACUCCGAUCGGAAAUGGUCACCCAUCAGUCCAUCCGCAUUCGCUGGCAUCCAUCCCUCAUAUGACUGACCCUUAUGACCUCUUCUGCCUCUCGAUUGCAGCACAGCUCAAGAAAAUGCCUCGCGAUAAAGCCAUCUUGAUGCAAAUUGAAAUUAUGAAUCUCUUGUAUCAGUCCGAAUUUAGUGAGAAUAAUAAGAAUAACAGUGCAAAUAAAUAAAAGCAAUAUAAUUUUUGGAAA